AACAUUUGUAACGAUAACAACAAGAGGCGGUUACUUUGUGUUUUUUUGUGGUCUACUGUGUAAAUAAGUUUUUUGUCCGACAAAAACAUUUGAAAUAAAGAGAAGAUUGUGCCAAUGUAAUAAAAUAAUUUGGAAUUUUUGAUUUUGAGUUAGGAGGCAGGUGGCAGCUGGUUUCAUUCCUUUGUUACUGCCGUUUGAUGGGCAUUAAUGAAAGAGGUGUGAUUUCUUCUAAGGCAAAUAAUUUAAUAUUCUAACAUCUAGGAGUGAAUAGCUUAUACCUAAUUAUGAAUGAAUAUAUAUGCAUAUACUGUUGAAGUGUUCCUAUGUCUAUUAAUUCAAAGUUUGGUGAAUGUGGGCAAAAUAAAAAUUGCAAAUAAACUAAUUUUAGUGAUGAAAAACAAUAACCAAAGAUAAAAAAUUCAGCGGCACGGAAGUCAUUAAAGCGUAAAACUGUAAAUACUAAAAACUAUAUUUUGUAAUUUGCACUGUGUUUAAAUUGGAUGGCAAUUUUGUGAUGAAAUAACGUAAAUUCCCCCUAUAUAUAAAACAGUGAUUCAUUUUGUGUAAGCGCAGCUUUUGUCAGCAUUUUCUUUGGCCGGCACAAAGAUUCAACAAAAUACCUUGGAGGUCUUGGGACUAAAAUACCAUAUACACAUCUACAUCAAUAAGAAAACCUUAUGCAACUACAAACAUCAUAUUUUUAUAUGUUCCAAACGAUUUCCACAUAGGCCAUCUCAAAUCUAACAAAACAACUUAAAUAUCUCUACAUUAAAUGUCUCAAAACAUAAAUAUUUUAUAAAAAAUAAUAAUUACGAUUAUAAGAAACAAAAAUAGAAAAAGAAAAAUAUUUUAUGGAAAAUGGCACACGUGGGCAGUUGGGAAAAAUUCAAAUUGUUGACAUGGAAAAAUUGGCUUCUACAAUGGCAUCACAAAAUUCAAUUUGCAAUAGAAAUAUUUGUGCCAGUGAUCUUCUCACUGUUAAUGGUGUUGGUACGAGCCCUGGUGGUGGCAGAAGAAAAGCCGAUUACCGAAUAUCAACCGCAGACUCUUGAAAAUAUUAAUUUGUUUAGGUAUCAAAUGUCCAUUAUGGAAUUUGUAAAGCCCGUCAAGUACAAUCUUCUCUAUUCACCGAACAAUCCGUUCAUAAGAAAUAUCGCCUGUGAGGCUGCACAAAAAUUAGAUUUACAGUGCAUAGAAAAAAAUGAUGCAGCCGCCUUGGAAUUCGCUAUGAUCUCUGACAAUCAUUUGGUCGGUGUACAAUUUGACGAUGACUUCUACAAUCUGGAUGAGUAUCCCACAAAACUAGCAUACUCUUUGCGUUACCCCAGUGAGCUGAGAACAUGGACUUCGAAUCUUGCCUUAACAUGGUUGACAAUGAAGCUAUUUUUACCCCUGGAUUUGACGGGGCCACGUAACCCCUCGGCUCAGGAUGGUGGUUUGCCGGUGGGUUAUUUACGCGAAAGUUUUCUACCCGUUCAGAAUGCAAUUUCCAUGGCCUAUACAAAACUAGUAUCAAAUCGCACUGACUUGCCCCUGGUGGAUAUGCAACGUUUUCCCUAUCCAGAAUACAUUUACGAUCCACUGCUAGAGGGUAUGGCAAGUUUUGUGCCCCUAAUUGUUUUGUUAAGUUUCAUCUAUCCCUGCUCGAAUAUAGUGCGGUACAUCACUGCCGAAAAGGAGAAACAAUUGAAGGAAGUUAUGAAAAUCAUGGGUUUGGACAAUUGGAUACAUUGGACUGCAUGGUUUUGUAAAAACUUCAUCAUGUUGGCGGUUUCGGCUAUUCUAAUCACCAUAAUUAUGAAGAUUCGAUGGUCGCACGAUGUUGCUGUUUUCACAUUUGCCGAUUGGUCAGCCUUGCUCUUUUUCAUGUUGGUCUAUAUGAUAACCAGCAUUUGUUUCUGUUUCAUGAUGGCCACUUUCUUCUCGAAGGCCAGCACUGCGGCCGCUGUUACCGGCUUGGUAUGGUUCAUUGCAUACAUGCCCUACUCCUUCAUGUACCAAACCUAUGAUGAAUUGAGUUUGGGCACCAAAAUGGGUUGGUGUCUCAUAUCGAACACCGCCAUGGGUCUUGGUCUAAAUAUUAUCAUGUUGUUCGAGGGCACGGGAGAGGGAUUGCAGUGGAGUAAUCUUUUUACCCCCGUGAAUAUAGACGAUGAUCUGACUGUGGGCUAUGUCAUCAUCAUGAUGUUAGCAUCAUGCGUCAUAUACAUCUUGGUGUGUCUGUAUGUAGAGCAAAUAUUCCCCGGCGAUUAUGGUGUGCCACGCAAAUGGAAUUUCAUAUUCAGUCGCAAAUUUUGGUGCGGUGAAAAUGAUUAUAUAGGUGUCGAAGAUAUGCCCCAAGAGCAUAUAGAGCGUCGCAACCCCGAUGCAUUUGAACCAGAGCCAGCCGGCAAACACAUCGGUCUGCAAGUGAGAAACCUAAAGAAACGUUUUGGUGACAAACAUGCUGUGAAGGGUCUAUCGGUCAAUAUGUAUGAAGGCGAAAUAACAGUGCUGCUGGGGCACAAUGGUGCCGGCAAGACUACCACCAUAUCCAUGCUGACGGGUAUGUUCCCUCCCACAUCCGGUACGGCUAUACUCAAUGGCAGCGACAUUCGCACAAAUAUCGAAGGUGCCCGCAUGUCUUUGGGUCUUUGUCCGCAACACAAUGUUCUAUUCGAUGAUUUGACCGUGGCCGAUCACUUGAUCUUCUUCAGUCGUCUGAAAGGUCUCAAGGGUGAUGCCAUAACGCAAGAGGUUAACAAGUACAUACGAAUGAUCGAAUUGGAGGAUAAAGCCAAUGUGGCCUCAAGCAAACUAUCGGGUGGUAUGAAGAGAAAACUAUCGGUCUGUUGUGCUCUCACCGGAAAUACCAAGGUGGUAAUGUGUGAUGAACCCAGCUCUGGCAUGGAUCCCUCGGCUCGUCGUCAAUUGUGGGAUUUAUUGCAAGCUGAGAAGGCUGGACGCACCGUGCUAUUGACCACACAUUUCAUGGAUGAAGCUGAUGUCUUGGGUGAUCGUAUUGCCAUUAUGUGUGAUGGUGAAUUGAAAUGUCAUGGCACUUCGUUCUUUUUGAAGAAAAAAUAUGGAUCUGGAUACAAAUUGAUCUGUGUCAAACGUGAUGGCUGCAAGGCCGAAGAACUGACAGCUCUUUUGCGGAAAUAUGUGCCCAAUAUACAACCUGAAGCUGAUAUCGGCGCCGAGUUGAGCUAUCAGUUACCCGAUACCUAUUCACAUCUGUUUGAGGAAAUGUUUAGUGACUUGGAACGCGAAUCGGAUAAUUUGAAACUCAAUGGCUAUGGUGUGGGCAUAACAUCUCUGGAAGAGGUCUUUAUGAAAGUAGGUGCUGAAGAUUCCAAUGCAAAUGGUGAUACCCAUAAAGAGACCAGUGCACGAAUGAAUGGGGCCAAUGCCUAUCAUGAAGAUGAUGCCGAAUCUGUGACAUCUGAUCGCUUAUUCUCCGAAAAUGUCCACUUACUGAAAGGUGUCAAUCUACUUCGAAAUCAAUGGGACGCCAUGAUGUGGAAGAAAAUUUUGCAGACAUGGCGCAGCAAAUUCCUCUUUUUGAUACAAAAUAUAAUGCCCAUAUUUUUCGUUGUUAUGACCGUCAUAAUCGCAAGAACACAGGGUACAUUCAAGCCAUUGCAGCCGAUGACAGUGAGUUUGACUCAGUAUCCCGUGGGCGUUAGCGUUUUAGAAACGGCUCCUGAUGUAGCUGGCAAUUCCUUUAUGGCUGCUGUCUCAAGUCAAUAUAAAGUGGUUGCUCAGUCAUAUGGGAGUGAUUAUGAAUUGGAAUUAACUGGCUCGAAGAGUUUUAGCGAGUACAUAGUGGAAUUGGGCCGCAAAAUACAAGUGAGAAUAAAUUCAAGAUAUUUGGCAGCGGCAUCUAUAAGAUCGAACAACAUCACAGCCUGGCUGAAUAAUCAGCCCUUACAUACGGCUCCAUUAACGGUGAACCUGGUGCAUAAUGCCAUCGUCAAGGCUGCCAUGAAUGAGUCCUAUGAAAUUGAGGUUACAAAUGCCCCAUUACCCUAUUCCACAGAGACGGUAUUGAAUCAAUUGAAUACCGGCAAUAAUCUGGGUACACAGUUAUCGACGAAUUUAUGUUUCUGCUUCUGUUUCGUGAGUGCUUUUUACAUUUUGUUCCCAAUCAAAGAGCGUGAAUCUCGUUCGAAACUUUUGCAAUUUGUGAGUGGCGUCAAUAUAUGGAUCUUUUGGAUAACACAAUUCCUGUGGGACAUGCUGACCUUUACACUGACCGCAAUUAUAGUGGUCUGUACGAUAGCAUGUUUCCAGGAGGAGGGAUUUUCGGCCUUUGGCGAUUUGGCUCGCUAUUUCCUUGUUAUAUUUAUAUUUGGAUUUUCGGUGCUUCCAUUUACAUAUCUGAUUUCAAUGUUCUUCUCGGAGCCUUCAACUGGAUUUGGCAGAGUUUCCAUUAUCAAUAUAUUCUGUGGUAUGGCCCUAUUCAUUGUCGUUGCUGUCAUGUCCAUUGAUUUCCUGGGUACAAAAUCCACCGCCGAUCUUUUGGGUUGGAUCUUUAGAAUAUUCCCUCAUUUCUCUCUGGCCAUGGGUCUCAAUAAGCUAUAUGUCAAUGUGGCAACACGUGAUGCCUGCAGCAAUAAAAUGAUUGUAAUAUUGCCCGAUGCUCUCAGAUGUCAAUUGGUACCAAAAUGUUGUUACACUAUACCCUAUUUCGAUUGGGAAGAGCCUGGCAUUUUACCCGAAAUUGUAUAUUUAGUUGGCACUGCUAUUGCAUUCUUGACCAUUUUGAUUUUACGCGAAUAUGGCAUUUUAAAUGAAUUGAUUUAUAAAUGGAAACAAAGAAAUUUCAAACCCACACCACCUGCUCCAGAUGCCUAUUACGAUGAUGACGUUGAGAAGGAGAAAAAUCGCAUUUUGAAUAUGACCCCCACGGAUUUGAGCAUUUGGAAUUUGGUUUUAGAUCGCGUUACCAAGUAUUAUGAUAAAUUUUUGGCUGUUAAUGAAAUAUCGCUGUGUGUUAAACCUGUCGAAUGCUUUGGCCUUUUGGGUGUCAAUGGUGCCGGUAAGACGACCACCUUUAAAAUGAUGACUGGUGAUGAGCGUAUUACCAGCGGCAAUGCCUAUGUCAAGGGCAUGAAUCUUGCGGCCGAUGUCAACAGUGUUUACAAAGAAAUCGGCUAUUGUCCACAAUUCGAUGCAUUGCUUGAUGAUUUGACGGGCCGUGAAACUAUGCGCAUUUUCUGUCUGCUACGUGGUGUGAGACGUGAUCGUAUAAGUAACAUAUCCGAAGAAUUGGCCAAAUCAUUUGGUUUUAUGAAACAUUUCGACAAGGAGACCAAAGCCUAUAGUGGUGGCAACAAACGUAAAUUGAGUACAGCUUUGGCUGUCAUAGGCAGUCCAUCGGUUAUAUAUUUGGAUGAACCUACCACGGGUAUGGAUCCUGCCGCCCGUCGCCAACUAUGGAAUAUGGUGUGUCGCAUUCGAGAUUCGGGAAAAUCCAUAAUUUUAACCUCACAUAGUAUGGAAGAGUGUGAAGCGUUGUGCACACGUCUGGCCAUUAUGGUCAAUGGUGAAUUCAAGUGUAUAGGUUCCACACAGCAUUUAAAGAAUAAAUUCUCCAAGGGUCUCAUUUUGAAGAUCAAAGUGAGGCGUAGUACGGAUAUCAUAAAGUCGAGCAACGGCCGCACCUUAAGAAUAGGUAGCAACUCUGCUUUGCCACAUGUAAUGGAACAGGAUAUCCAAAAUGUUAGAACAUUUAUUGAAACCGAAUUCCCAAGAGCCGAAUUACAAGAAAACUACCAAGGUAUUCUUACCUUCUACAUUCCAUUGUCCAGUAUUAAAUGGUCUCAAAUCUUUGGCCUUAUGGAAAGUAAUCGAGACCAAUUGAAUAUCGAAGAUUAUUCGAUAUCACAGACGACAUUAGAAGAGAUUUUCUUAGAUUUUGCCAAAUAUCAGCGAGAAGACACCCGACAAGUCACCAACAACUCAUGGUGUUCCUGCUGCAAUAAACAAGCUGAAGAAUGAUUCUGGAAUGCAAAGAACCGCCUGAUAGGUCUGUGGAAGGGAGGAGAUCCCCCCCAAGCCUAUGCCCUAUAAAUGUAUACGUGAUAAUAGAUAACAGAAGUGAUCCACAAAGAAUGUCAGUACAAUCAAUAGAAAAACAAAAAUAAAACGGAACCGUGAUCUAUACUACCAAAAGAAUGUAUAAAAAAAAUAGAAACAUACAUUGAAUGCUAAAAUUAAAUUGUAUAUAAAUAAGUAAUUAUAUAGUAAUAUAUAACAAAUACGAAUGCCUAAACUAUUAUUACAUUUAUAUAUUAUAUAAAAAAAUCUACAAUCUUCAUAUAUACAUGCAUAUGCUAUGUAUGUAUCUCAACAAUGCCACUACGAAAAUCAUAUAAACAAAUGUAUUUUUAUAAAUGUGUAUUUUUUUUAGGAAAAAACUCAUAUAUGUAAUUAUAUUCAUAGUUUUUGAUGUUUUUUUCCUCCUACUUUUGUUGAUACAUUUUAAGUAUUGGGGCUUUUCAGAGGCAGAUUUUAGUAUUACGAAAGUGCUUUAAAUUCUUAAAGAAUGAUUGGAAAUGAAAAAAAAAAUAUCUAAAUGUUCCUAAGUUAUUGUAGUGUAGUGAAAAGAGAGAGAUGCUUAAUCAACUUUAGCUGGAAAUUGGUAAAUUUUAUUCAUAAAUUUUAGACGCCUCGUACUCAGCUCGCAUUGACACCACAUAAAUUACAAAAAUAAAAUGAUUACGAAUUUUUCAAUCUCCUCCAAAAAAGGAGAUUUCUAUGUACUUAUGUUAAGGAAUUUAAAUUUUUGUAUGUGUCAAUUGUUUUUAUACAUGUAUUUGGUGGAUGUGAUGACAUCUCAAUUUUUUUUUUACCUCAUCCUUAUAUUUUUUUAUGAAUUUUUACAUGACUAUUAGCCAGUGAUUUAGUAUACAUGAAAUAUUAUGGAAUUAGUUACAUUUUAAGUUUUAAAAAUUGAAUUUUAUUGUGAAUAAAAUAAAAAUAAAUAUUAUAAUUAACCACCACUAAAA